AUGGCAGACAUGUUGGAGGGGAUAGCAAAGAGAUGGAAGGUGCUAAGUGGCCAAAACACAUGGCAAGGCCUUCUUGAUCCACUUGACCCUGAUCUUCGUCGCUACAUCAUUCACUACGGCGAGAUGGCUCAGGUUGGUUACGACGCCUUCAACUGGGACCGCAAGUCCAGAUACGCCGGUGAUUGUUAUUACUCCAAGAGACAAAUCUUUAUUAAAACUGGCUUCAAUAAAGCCAACCCUUUCAGGUACGAUGUGACAAAGUACAUCUAUGCAACAGCUUCUAUAAAGCUACCACUCUGUUUCAUCGUCAAGUCUUUGUCAAAGGACGCAUCACGCGUGCAGACUAACUGGAUGGGUUACAUCGCGGUUGCCACAGACGAGGGAAAGAAGAUGUUAGGGAGGAGAGACAUUGUUGUAGCUUGGAGAGGAACUCUUCAGCCAUAUGAAUGGGCUAACGAUUUCGAUUUCCCGCUUGAGUCAGCUGUCUCUGUUUUCCCUGCAUCCGACUCCAAAGACGUGCCUCGUAUUGGAAGUGGCUGGCUCGAUGUCUACACCGCUUCUGAUUCUAACUCGCCUUAUGACACAACUAGCGCAAGAGACCAGGUACAAGCAGAGCUCAAGAGGUUGCUAGAAGUUUACAAGAACGAAGAAGUAAGCAUCACUUUCACAGGCCAUAGCUUGGGCGGAGUGAUGUCAACUCUAGCAGCUGCAGAUCUUGUCCACACCGGAAAAAGCAAGAUGAGUACAGAUCUUCAGAAAAACCAAGUUCCUAUCACAGUUUUUGCUUUCGGGUGUCCUCGAAUUGGGGACCAAGACUUCAGAAAACUUGUCGAGUCACUCAAACCACUAAACAUCCUGAGAAUAGUAAAUGUUCCGGAUGUGGCACCACAUUAUCCACUCUUACUGUAUGAUGAAGUAGGCGAGGUGCUCCAGAUCAAUACAUUGAACUCAACGUACCUCAAACGGUCUCUAAACUUUAGGAACUACCAUAACCUGGAGAUAUACCUGCACGGCAUGGCAGGGAUGCAAGACAAAGCCGGUCUGUUCAAGCUGGAGAUUGGUCGGGAUGUUUCAUUGGUCAAUAAAGGAUUGGAUGCUCUGAAAGAUGAGUACUUAGUGCCAACUGUCUGGAGGUGUCUUGCAAACAAAGGGAUGGUUCAAAUGGAUGAUGGGACUUGGAAGCUGGAUGUCCACAGGACAGAUCAUCAUGAUGAUGAAGAUGUUGAUCAAGACUCUACAAGUUCAGUACAAAAACUUGUAUAA